AUGGUUCGAGGAAACUUCCUGCUGUCGCUGCUCGCCAGUGCGGCGAGCAUUUUCUCAGUCGAAGCGAAAAUAGCGGGGGAGACGAGGAACAUUGCUGGAUCGUACAUUAUCGAAUUCGAAGACACCCAGGACUCGGUAGAAUUCUUCAAUCACAUUAGCUCGAAGGCUAAGACGCGGAUGAAUCUGGAUUAUCAGCUAUUCAAGGGUGUCUCCAUUCAAUUCGACGAUCUAAAGACAGCCGAGGAAGAAGCCGCGAAGCUUAACUCUCUUGCUAGCGUCAAGCAGGUCUGGCCGAACAGAGUAUACACGUUGCCCAAAGAUGAGGUCGUGUGGACAGGACGAAGCGGUGGAAAAGACUACAUCAAGAAUGUCAAGAGGCAGUUGGGAAAUGACACCUUCACUCCGCACGUGAUGACCCAAGUGGACAAACUGCGGGCAAAUGGCAUCACUGGCAAGGGAGUGAAGAUCGGCAUUAUCGACUCAGGUGUCGAUUACACACACCCCGCGCUGGGUGGCUGUUUUGGUAGUGAAGACUGUCUGUUCACAUAUGGCACUGACAUUGUUGGCGAUGAUUAUAAUGGUGAUAACACGCCAGUCCCAGACCCCGAUCCGUACGACGGCUGUGGCGGUCACGGUACUCACGUCUCGGGAAUUAUUGCGGCGCAGGCGAACGAAUUGGGCUUUACGGGCGCUGCCCCGGAUGUUAAACUCGGCAUGUUCAGAGUCUUCGGCUGCACUGGUGGCGCUUCGAACGAUGUCUUGAUUGAUGCCUAUAUGCAGGCAUUCGAAGCUGGAUCCAACAUCAUUACUGCGUCAAUCGGAGGUUCUUCAGGUUGGAGUGAGGAUCCGUGGUCCGUUGCUGUAUCCCGAAUCGUCGAAGCAGGCGUCCCAUGCACAGUUUCGGCGGGCAACGAUGGCGCGGCCGGGUUGUUCUACGCCAGCACGGCUUCCAAUGGUAAGAGGGUCACAUCGAUCGCUUCCAUCGACAACGAGGUCACACCGCUGCUUCUGACCGAAUCGAACUUCAGCGUCGAUAGCGGUGAUCAACAGACGUUUGGUUACGCCCUCGGAGAACCGGCCGAGUGGGCUAAUGUUAGUCUUCCGCUCUGGACUCCUUCAUUCGAUAUCACCGAUGAAGCCCAGGCUUGCGACGCGCUCCCGGAAGAUACUCCUGACCUAUCCGGAUAUAUCGUGCUAAUUCGUCGUGGCACUUGUACUUUCAUUGAAAAGGCAACCAACGCCGCUCAGUACGGUGCCAAAUAUGUCUUAUAUUAUAAUAAUGUCCAACCCGGCGCGAUAGGACCUGCUGUCACUGGUGUCGACGGCGUUUUGGGCACUGGCAUGGUUACCGCGGCGCAAGGUGAAUCAUGGGUCGCGGCAUUGGAGGCCAACUCCACGAUUGAGUUAGACAUGCUUGACCCCCUCAAAGCACCCGUUAGCUUGUCGUACGAGCAGAAUAACGUUACUGGUGGAUUUGCUAGCUCAUUCACGACCUGGAAUCCGACUUUUGAGUUGGAUAUCAAGCCGCAGCUCGCCUCUCCUGGAGGUAACAUUCUGUCGACUUUUCCAAUCCCGCUCGGCACUUACGCGAUUUUGUCUGGUACUUCUAUGGCGUGUCCGUUAGUCGCUGCUAUCUACGCUCUCAUCUCGAACGUGCGAGGUACUCUCGAUCCUGCUACGAUUGAGAAUUUGCUGUCCGCUACAGCUAACCCGCAAUUUCUGAACGACGGAGAACAAACUUAUUCAACGCUGGCACCCGUCUCGCAACUCGGUGGCGGCAUAGUUCAAGCAUACGAUGCUGCUUACGCAACCACUUUACUGAGUGCGUCCAGCCUCGCCUUCAACGACACAGACCACUUUGUCGACACCCUAAACUUUACCAUUAAGAAUCUGGGCACUGAAGACGUCACUUACGAACUAGGUAGCGUGGGCGCCUCUACCGGGUACACUUUCUCGGAUUCCAUCUACCCAGAUCCCUUCCCAGGGUUGGAACUGACGGAUGAAUAUGCCACCGUUGUGCUAAGCGAGCCAAAAGUUACCGUUCCUGCUGGUGAUGAAGUUGUCGUCUCGGUGACAGUCACUCCACCUGCCCUCGACGCCGCCCGCUUGCCGGUUUACUCCGGCUACAUCACGCUGAACGGCACUAAUGGCGAUAGCCUAUCUCUGCCAUAUAACGGCGCUGUCGGUAGCUUGCACAGCACUCGAGUCUUGGACGUAGGCUACCUCUCGAUCUCGUCCGACGAGGAGCUCAACCCUGUCACCGGCAAUGCAUCGUUUGUUGUACCCGGGAGCAACACAACGAACGCCAAUACUACGUACCCUGUCGCUGUAGCAUUGUUAGCAUUCGGCUCGCCGCUUGUAAACAUCCAAGCUGUGCCUCUUGAUGCCGCUCCAGGGGCUACCGCUAGCCAUAUCUUUGGUUCCCCGCUUGCCUAUGCGUCCCGAGAUCCCUAUAUAGUACAAUGGGACGGCAAACUCGCGGAUGGCACCUUAGCGUCGGCCGGCCAAUAUAAGUUCCGAUUCGAGGCGUUGCACAUCUUCGGCGAUGCCUCGGAUCCGGCUGAUUACGACACCGACGAGUCAUCUGUAUUCACGGUCCGCUAUGUUUAA